AUGCCGGAUAGGAUAGCCAGCAUCCCAUCCCCGCAAAUUAACAGGAGUAUUGCCCCAGCGGCCCUGCCAGAUUCUGGUGCGGAGAAGGGCCUGAACCCUCCACAGGCCACGGCAAAUGGAAACCUCGAGAAAAACGCUCCCGGCCUCACUUCGACACAAUCAUCAUCACCAGCAGGGCGGCACAAUAAAGAAGAAGCAGAAGAAGUACUUCAAUAUCACUACCUUACCUUCGGCACUUCCCUACCACCACCUACGGGCAUCUCAUCCCCCACUAGCCCAGGUCAGCAAGCAGCCCCCGAACAACCUGAUCUACGACCAUUUAUUUCCCCAUUUACAUGGCGGAAUUCACGCUAG